CUUCGCGCGAGUCCUCGGUAAAUCUCAUUUAUAUAAAUAUAGAGCUAAGGUGAUACAGAAUCAAUGUCGGUUGAUCGAUCAACUUGAGUAGGUCGUGGAUUCAGUAUUGAGAUCAAUUUUUAUUAUUUUCUACGAGUACGUAAUUAAGUUUGCUGGAGAAACAUGGUGUCGUGUAAAGUAAAUUGUUUUUUCGCUUGUGCGAUAAUCUACGCCGGAAUAUUAAUGACCCAAGCCCGCCCACAAAUCGAUUACGAGGACCUAUAUCAAGUAGACGGAUUUAUAUUCGACGGACCCGCAGAUCGCAACAAUCCAAACUUAAUCGACGGAAUAAACAACAUGCGUCCUCCAAUGACGUCAACAGGCCCAUCAACACCAACAACAACAACAAUGUCUCCUGCUAGGAUUACUUGCCUUCAGAAUUGCCUCGCGACGUCGGAGUUUAAUCCAGUUUGCGGCUCUGACGGUCUUGUUUACAGUAAUCCUGGACGCCUCGGCUGCGCGAAGGCAUGUGGUAAAGAUGUAAGACUUUCUUAUUAUGGAACUUGUUCUACAAGUUCUGCUCGAGGUUAAAUUUCAAAAACUAAAUCAUUUGUGUAAUAAAUUUACUUUAUAUUAUUUUGUUUUUUAAAUAUUUUAUAUUAA